ACCGCCUCAUCACCACUCACCACGCACCCUCCCCCCCAAACCGUCAGCACUCAGCCACCUGGGCUUCGCUCGCCGACCGAUGGGGAGGACGCUGGACGUGCUGCUGGGCCGAACCACCAAGCAGACGGCGCGCCUCAAGUCCCUCCUGGGGCUGGCCACGAAGCGGAUCGCCGUGGUGCGCGCCCACCGGGAGGUGCGGUGCGCGCAGGCGCGGGGGGACGUGGAGCAGCUGCUGCGGCAGGGCCACCCGGACCGGGCCCUCCUCCGCGCCGAGCAGGUGAUCCGGGAGCGGGACACGCUCGACGUCCUCCUCCUGCUCGACGCCUACUGCGCGCUCCUCGCCGACCGCUCCGCGCUGCUCGACGCGCACCGCGACUGCCCCGAGGAGCUGCGGGAGGCGGCGGCGGGGCUCUGCUACGCGGCGGCGCGCUGCGGGGAUCUGCCCGAGCUGCAGGAGGCCCGCGCCCUCCUCGCCGCCAAGUUCGGCCGGGGCUUCGCGUCCGCCGCCGCCGAGCUCCGCGCCGGCUGCGGCGUCAACGCCAAGCUCGUGCAGCGGCUCUCCACGGCCCUGCCCAGCCUCGAGAGCCGCCAGAUGGUGCUCCUCGAGAUCGGCGCCGACAAGGACAUCCCCGUGCGCCUUCACAGCGACGCCGCCUCCUACGGCCACGAGGAUUCGGCCGGCCGCUCCCACCAUGGCCAUGGCCACAGGAAGAAGAGGCACGACGACGACGACGACCGACGGCACGCGACGCCGCGGGCCGAGGAGCCGGAGGGAGACAAGGCCGACUCGAAGCUGACAUUCAAAGACGUGGAAGAGGCGGCGCAGGCCGCCUUCGAAUCGGCUGCCACGGCGGCGGCGGCCGCCAAGGCUGCCAUAGAGCUCUCGCGAGCAGGGUCCGGCAGCACCGACGACAGGCACAGGAGGAACCCAGGAAGGGCGCAUGCCGACGACGAGAUGCUCCACGGCGGCGAGGAUCUGGCCGAUGCAAAGAAAUUCGGAAGGAUCGGACAUGUUCGGAACUACAGCUCAGACGCAGAGGAUCUGCCGGAGGAACGCGGAGAAGAGCAGGAUACGCCCAGGAGCAGGCCGGCUUCAGUCAGGACGAACAGAAGACUCUAGCAGUCUAGCUGCAGCCAUAUGGCCACAGCAGAGAUGGUUUCUUGAUUUAGUUGUAUUGAUUGAUAGCAGUUGAACUCUUGCAGCUAUAUAUUGCAGAUCAUUCGUUAUUAAAUUUUGUGUAUGCCAUGUAAAUAGAGAAUUGGGAAAGUAAAUAUUAAUAUGAUUCCGAUUUUUCACCGAA